AUGAUUAGGGGUGCUGUGGCGCGCAAAAAACCAGGACCAACACCACCCGCCCACCCUAUCGAACACUUCGCUGAAGUUUAUGAACGCGGCUCAGCCAACUUAACCGAGCUUUCGAACGCCAGGAGCAACACACGUCGCGUGCUGUUAUUCCCGCACAAUCUAAGCGUUCGAUGUCCAACUUGUAGCCCUCGGGAGAGAUGGACCAAGCAGUUAGAGCGCGAAUUUACUAACCGGAAGGUUCAUGCCUCGAACCUGACCUCUGCUUCUCGACUUUCUCUGUCUAGGCUUGGGAAACCUGGCAGUAUCCCAGCUCUCGUGCUUCCUUUGGGUAGCAUGGCAGCUAGGCAUCGAAAAGGUAGAACAGCUGAACGAUUAUUUUCCACUGAGUCGGUCCACCAGACAUGUCACUCCAAAUUAGAAAAGGUGCUCCCACUCCAGAUCCUCCGACACUGA